AUGUUCAAUGCGGCUCUAAAUUCUACUCGGCAUAUUGAAUUAUUUGUUGAGUAUUCGUAUGUUGGAAAUGCCUUCAUCCCACCAAUUGUUGAUCAUGGUGUUGGAUCAUCUACGAGGUUUGAACCUUUGAGCAUGGAUUGCGGUAUGAAUGAGCAAACAGAUGUUGCAGAUGCUGCUGAUGUUGGAUUGAAUACUCAAGAGACUGUAGAAAAGCAUGAUGAUGUUCAUGUUGUACGAAGAGACCUUGAUGAUCCAGAAUUGUCGUCAUCAUCGUCUGAUGAGAUUUUAAGUGAUGAUUCUGGUGCUGACUCUAGUGAUGAGGAGGUGGUGUAUAAACCCGUCGUGCAAGGUGAACAACCACUUCCAGAAUACGUUCACACCGGGUUGAAAUAUUUUCGCAGACUGCCUAGUGGUCCUUCUGAGACUGCUAUUACUAUGUGGAGUUUGAGGCAACACCAGCAAUUUAGGGUGGUUGAGAGCAAAGUAAGAAGGUGGCAUGCCGUGUGCAAAUAUCCAGCAGGGAGGACAGAAGAUGGGACAGCUAUUAUCAGCGAGACCGACGCUGAAAAAGCGAAUGAAUGUCGGUGGAAAGUUUCUGUUACACACAUGGCCCAUGAUGAUAUGUGGGAGAUUAGGAAGUGUUAUAAGAAGGCAUGGUAUGCACAGAGAAGGGCUUUAGAGAUUGUAUUUGGUGGAUGGGAGGAGUCAUUUAGGGAUUUGCCAGGCUACAUGCUUGAACUGCAGUAUAGGAAUCCAGGCACAAUCGUUGAGUGGAGGCAUAACGAGUUGUUGAGCCAGGGCCGUACUAAAGUCUUCUAUUAUGUGUUCUGGGCACUUGGGCCUGCUAUACAUGCUUUCCAGGAGUGCCAACCCGUUUUAACAAUAGACGGGACUCACCUUCGAGGAAGAUUUAAAGAAACUGGCGACAGCUGGGAGUGGUUUUUGGAUCAUGUCAGAAUCCAUGUGGUGAAGUACGAAAGGGAGGUGUGCAUCAUUUCGGAUAGGCAUAAAGGAAUUCAACACCAUUCAUGCUUUAUAAGGCCUAAUUUACAUAUAGCUACUAAAUUAGAAGGUUAA